AGUAUUGGAAGCUAACACCGUCUUCUUCAGUAGGAAGGGUCUUAAAGGAACAGAAACUCUUGAAACAGCAUGUACCAAAAGAGUCAGGGAAGCUUGUGAGAAUAUUACAUUGUUCUUGAAGUGUUUACUAGAAGAUCUUGCAGACGAAGAUAAAAUAAACAAAGAGAUUGUUUGGAGGGAAGUUGGGAAAGCUGUUACUUACAAUCAACCAGUGGAAGUUGUGUCAUCAUUACAGCUCAUUGCAGAGGAAACUGCCGAAAAAUUACAUGGACAAGCAAAUGCAAUCAAUUUGAUAGAAGAUGCUAAAAGCCUCAGAUUUAAGUAUGCAUCAAGUGGCCAUCUGAAGGACAUGUCUACCACACCUGAUGUGAUGUGCAGUGUUAACCAAAUUAUUCUGGUAAUAGCUUGUUUAUUUUUAUUAAAACUAU